AUGAGGUGGAUUGUUCAGGCGUAUAACGCAUACGCCAUGCUCAUCGGCAUGACGUCAUAUGUGACAAUAGGUGGAAAGUUCAAGGAAACGAGGAUUAGUCAGAUAUAUGCUGUGGUCAUGAAUGUCAUCGCCUUGAUAAUGCUACCGAUGGGUUUCUGGAAAUCGGCUCAGUGGAUGAAUAUGGCCGAAUGGCUACCAUCGUACAUGUGGAUAACGCCAUACGUCCUGUACUCGACUGAGUAUGCUGUUAUAGCUUAUACACUGAUUUCGAGAUGCUUCAGGGAUGCCAUGUUACUGGACCUACAGCUCAUAAUAGUCCAAAUUAAUCGGGAGAUGUCGCGUACAGGAAAGGAAAUUAAUUUCAAGCUACGUCAAAUGUUUGUUUGGAAAACCUGCACGUUGAGCUACUUGUGCUUUUCCUAUUUACUCACCGUAUUCGUUUACCAAUGGAGAAUGCAAUGGUCUGAAAUUUUGUGCUUACAACUGGUCAACACUUUCCUAACCAUUCAAAUUGUCAGCACAUACUUUUACUUUGUUUCCUUUUGGCAAAUUGUCAGGGGCUAUGACUUUGUCAACCAGCAACUGGAGGAGAUCAUCUCGGAUCAAUCAAUGGACAGCAGAGAUAAGGAAGAGGAACUCCGCAGCCUGUGGGCUCUGCAUGCGAACCUAAGUCGAACUGCUGGAAGAAUUAAUAGGCAUUACGGCCCCCAAAUGCUGGCCACCCGUUUCGAUUACUUUAUAUUCUCCAUUAUCAACGGAUAUUUGGGCACAAUCUAUGCGAAUUAUGACCAAACCCCUUCCGUUGAAAAGUUCUACGGAGCUCUUAUCUAUUGGAUACGAAGUGUAGACUUCUUUCUAAACGACUAUAUUUGCGAUGUGGUCACUGAGUACCAAAGCCAGCCAAAGUACUUUGUCACCGAAGGCAGCAUGUCCAACGAGCUGAGUUCUUUCCUGAUCUAUGACAGCAGCAUGAGACUGGAUUUGAUGGUUUGUGGACUGUAUCCGGCAAAUCGAAAGAAAUGGCUGCAAAUGGUGGGCUCUAUUAUAGUGCAUUCCAUAAUGCUGCUCCAGUUUCAUAUCGUUGGGAGUAAGAAAUAG